AUGGCAAUGAAGUCGAUUUGUGGUUGUCUUCUAGCAGUGGCCCUACUUGGCUGUCUGGCUGAAGCUCAAUAUUUGAAGAAGCCUCAGCAGCCCCAACUGCCCAAUGUUCCGAAAUACCAGCCACCACAGCAGCGUCAGAGGCCACAUACUCCACCCAAAAAGGCUGUGGAUCCUGUGCCUCAGCAACCUGGGCAGCCACAGGUGCCAAAGCAGCCUACACCAGUAUUUCACACUUGUGAAGUGGAGGAGCACUACAAGAUACAAUGUGGGGCUCCUAGCAUCUCUGCUUCAGAGUGUGAUGCUAUAAACUGCUGCUUUGAUGGACGCAUGUGCUAUUAUGGCAAAUCUGUGACUCUUCAGUGCACCAAGGAUGCCCAGUUCAUUGUGGUGGUGGCUAGAGACGCCACCCUACCCAACAUCGACUUGGAAACCAUUAGUUUCAUUGGAAAUGAUCAAAACUGCAAUCCUGUUGGUACCACUUCAGCUUUUGCCAUCUACCAGUUCCCUGUCACUGCCUGCGGCACUGUUAUGAUGGAGGGGCCUGGUGUUAUAAUCUAUGAGAACAGGAUGUCCUCCGCAUAUGAAGUCGCUAUUGGACCCUUCGGAGGAGUUACCAGGGACAGCAGCUAUGAGCUAGUUAUCCAGUGUAAAUAUGUUGGCACCUCGAUUGAGGCUCUGGUCAUUGAGGUUGGCCUGGUUCCUCCACCGCCCCCAGUUGCUGCUCCUGGACCUCUGCGUGUGGAGCUCAGGCUGGCCAAUGGACAGUGUGCUGCCAAGGGCUGUGUGGAAGAGAUGGUGGCCUACAGCUCCUUUUACGGGGAGACUGACUACCCUGUCACAAAGGUGCUCAGGGAUCCUGUGUACGUUGAGGUCCGAAUGCUAGAGAGGACUGAUCCCAACCUUGUCUUGACUCUUGGAAGAUGUUGGGCAACUUGUGACACCUAUCCUCACAGUCUUCCUCAAUGGGACUUGCUGAUUGAUGGCUGCCCCUAUCGUGAUGACCGUUACCUGACCAGCCUAGUCCCAGUGGAUUCCUCAUCAGGACUCAUGUACCCGACCCACCACAGGCGUUUUAUUUUCAAGAUGUUCACUUUUGUAGCUACUGCAGCUGCCAAUCCUGGCAAGGGAGGGGCUGCAGAUCCAGAGAUUAUGGUUCCUAUCAGGGAAAAGAUAUAUAUCCACUGUGAUGCAGCUGUGUGCCAACCCUCUCUUGGAAAUAACUGUGAACCUAGGUGCUUCAGAAAGAGGAGAGACAUUGCUGCUUCUGUCCAGAGAGGCUACAGACCUGAGACCACUGUGGUUAGCAGUGAUGAGAUUAUCAUCACUGACCUACAUACUCAGUGACAACAUUCAGACAAAA